UUGUUUUUUCGUGUUCUCCCGGUCCCCGCAGCUUAUGUGUUUCUUCUUGUCUCGCUUCUUCCGCGCUGACCGCUCCUUGUUCUCCCUCUCCACUAGCUUCUUUGGCCCGCACGACGGCCAACUCAGCUUCUCCUGUUUUCACAGCCACGUCCGCCGUAUCACGCGUAUCUUUCUAUGACCACCAACGUCAAGGCAGAGAGGAGACCACUGAUACUAAGCGAAGAUGCGCAGAUUUCCAGAACCUUAAGAGCUCUCCAAAUUCGCUUCGUUCUUCAUUUAUCGACGCUUCGUAAAACGCGGCAGCAACUCGGCCAAGAAUGGAAGCCACUGGCAAAAGUUACCUCGGCCUCGACUUCAGCACGCAGCAGCUGAAAGGUCUGGCGAUCGAUGACAAGCUCAAAGUGGUUUGCGAAGCGGCGGUUCAGUUCGACAAUGACUUGCCUGAAUAUCGCACUCAGAACGGCGUGAACAAGAAUCGUGACACCCUGACAGUGACGGCGCCAGCGAUCAUGUGGGUGAAAGCGCUUGACAUGCUGCUAGAGCGCCUCAAGGUAGCGGGCCUUGACUUGGCAACCGUAGCGGCCAUCUCCGGGAGCGGUCAGCAACACGGAAGUGUUUAUUGGAGGAAGGGCGCCUCUGACAUGCUCAGGGAUCUGGACGCGUCGAAGUUCCUUCACGAUCAACUCCAGGGAGCAUUCAGCGUUCGAGAUUCUCCGGUGUGGAUGGAUUCAAGCACCGAGUCCAAGUGCCGAAACCUCGAGACGGCCGUCGGCGGAGCGCAGUGUCUCGCCGACAUCACCGGAUCGCGUGCGUUUGAGCGCUUCACGGGCAACCAAAUUGCCAAGAUUUGGCAGACGAAACGUGACGCGUACGCCAACACCGAACGCAUCUCCCUGGUGAGCAGUUUCGGCGCAACGUUAUUCCUGGGGCGCUACGCACCGAUUGACUUUAGCGACGGUUCUGGCAUGAACUUGCUGAAUAUACGUACCCACCGCUGGGAUCGCGCAUGUCUCGAUGCCUGCGCUCCAGAUUUGGAAGCCAAGCUCGGCGAGCCCGUAGCGUCUCACGAAGUGCUCGGCACUGUUGCACCUUAUUUCGUGGAUCGCUACGGGUUCCCACCCGACUGUUCUGUGGUUGCAUUCACGGGGGACAACCCGGCGUCGUUGGCAGGGCUCCGUCUCCGGGGCGGCGACCUUCUGGUCAGCCUUGGGACCAGCGAUACCGUGCUGAUGUGGCUGAGCGAGGCCAAGCCAGCCCUUGAAGGCCACGUCAUGGUGAAUCCCGUCGCGAGUGACGCUUUUAUGGGAAUGUUGUGCUAUAAAAAUGGCUCGCUGACCCGCCAAAGAGUGAGGGACCACUGUGCCGGAGGCUCCUGGGACAUAUUCGCAUCUCUCAUCGACAGCACACCUCGCGGUAACUUCGGAAACAUCGGCAUGUAUUUUGACUUGAAAGAGAUCCUUCCACCAGUGGUAGGUGACUUUAAGUUCAACAAGAGCAACGAGAGGGUUGCAAAGUUUUCCCAGGAAGUCGAAGCGAGGGCUGUUGUCGAAGGCCAAUUUCUUGCUAAACGUGUUCAUGCAGAACGCCUUGGGUUCACUACUGGUGGCAGAGUGCUGGCCACUGGUGGUGCCUCCAAAAAUCCUGGAAUCGUUCAGGUGUUGGCUGAUGUGUUCGGUGCCUCAGUGUAUACACUUGGGAAAGCUUCUGCAAAUGCGGCAUGUCUUGGUGCAGCCUAUCUGGCUCUCUUUGGUUCAUACAAGAAAGCGGAGCCUGGACUGUCGUUCGAUAAUGUGAUCAGUGAAGCAGAACCAUUCCAUUUGGCAGCUAAGCCAAGUGCAGAUGCAGCAUCUGUCUAUGGUCCGAUGGCAGAACGCUAUCGUACACUUGAGCAUAAGGUAGUUUCACUGCAAGUGCAAAGCACUUCUUAAUAGCUUUCACUCGAUGCCGUGCCUUGAAAUAUAAUUUUCUUUAUUUUUGUUGGUGGCUGGGUCCAAAUAAGCGUUAGCAUUCUGUGUGCAGUUUGCUACGGGUAAUGCAAUCUAGCUAGUGUAAGAUUUGUGCAAUAGAACAGGUUAACCAUGUGCUUACAUUGUGCAUUAUCGAAUUUACUUCCUUUUUGGUGUGACAUUUGUCACAAACUCGCGUAGUUAUGCACACUGCUACUGCAAAGUUGUGAGUCGAGCCUAUAAAUGCUCUUUUAGCCUCUGCCAGGGUACUAUUUAUUUCAUUAUGUUCAUCUUGUCACAGCUGUGCUUACUGUAUGCAGUGUUCAUAUCGAAGGUGUCUUAUCGGGCUAUGGUGCAAUGGAGCGUUAGUGAAUUCUUUACACGUGUUGAUUCCUUUUUAAUACACCUGUGAUAUUUAACAUUCGUUUCUCGAGACAUUAUACAGUCUCAUUUUUUGACAAUAUGCUGGCUAAAUGCUUCAGGCUUGCCAAUAAAGCAUUCUUGGAUAUUUUACAGCUGC